UCAUCGCAUUAGUAACGAUCGGUCUGUGUAACCCUCGCGUUCCUCCUUGUUCUGUUCCAUCGACACACCCUAUGAGUUUGCCAACUGAAAACGAUAAAUGUCAGCAGAAGGCUCUUAUCCAACAGAGGAAUUUCACCGACUCUGAGCCGCCAAGAAUGGAAAAGAACGCAGCGCGCAAGGCUUCAAAAUGCUUCAUCUUUCUGCAUUUAUUGGAAAUAGUCUGCAUCGUCAGCCUGGUUGCCUGUUUAGUGUUAUUCUACCUCGAUUAUAAGAUGCAGAAGAAUCCAGUCGAAGCAGGCGGUGAAAACAUAACUCAAGAGGUAAAAUCUGGAGACUGUUGCGCGGACAUGGCGGCCUUGCUGGCAGCUAACUCAAACACCACUGCAACGCUGGCACAACUGCUGGAAUUCAAAAAAGCUGUGGAACAAAAACUUGCCGAGUUAAAUUUUCUGGACGAUGAUCAUUUGAAGUCUAAAAUCCCGAUUCAAAUUCCGCUCCGAGUCGCGGAACAACCACCAAGCUCUGCAAGAACCGCUGUCACUCCAACCCGUUUAUUGAAAGACGGAAGCCUGACACAGCAGCAGUCGACAGCGGUUGAGGGCUCAGGGUCCGAUGAUGUCUUCAUUGAUGACUUCGACGAUGUAGGAGAUGACGGCCAAGUGGAACCUCGGCAUCAAAUGGAGAGCUCGGGACACAGUUCACAUCAUCACGGAGCCAGUAACAGAAAAUGUAUGGUACACGCUCGUCCAGUCUGUCCGUCUAAUUGUUAUACUGAAGUUCGCCGAGACGGCUGCAUGGUUCCGAUUUGUUGUACAAACGGCGCUUGAUCAUGAAUACUCUUAAGAGUUUGACAUGUUAAUGUUGCUUCUGAUUUUGCAUGAGCAUUAUAUUGCUGGUGGAUAAAACUAUAUUUUUUUCUUAUGAUCACAUGGCAACGAAAUGAACAUGAUUUGAUUUAACAACCUCGUAUUGUUAAAGACAGCAAUCGAUGGCACCCAAUUUACUUAAAAUAAUAUUCGUUUGCAAUAUUCAUAUAUAUAUAAUUAUAUGUUAGGAUCAGAAGGCAGAACAAGCUUGUUUCAACACGGGUGGUUAAUGGCCAGAGAAUUCGUCAAUUUAAUU